GCGGAGGGCUUCUCGGUGGAGGCGGUGUGGGGGCGCACGGACGAGGAGGCCCGGCAGCUCUCCCAGGAGCUGGGGAUCCCCUUCCACACCAGCCGCACGGACGACGUGCUGCUGCACCCCGACGUGGACCUGGUCUGCAUCAACAUCCCGCCGCCGCUGACCCGCCAGAUCGCCGUCAAGGCGCUGGGGAUCGGGAAAAACGUGAUCUGCGAGAAGGCCGCCACCUCGGCCGAUGCCUUCAUGAUGGUGACGGCGGCCCGCUACUACCCCAAGCUGAUGAGCCUGAUGGGGAACGUGCUGCGCUUCCUGCCGGCCUUCGCGCGGAUGAAGCAGCUGAUCGACGAGGGCUACGUGGGCGAGGUGAUGGUGUGCGACGUGCGGGUCUACUGGGGCAGCCUGCUGGGCAAGACCUACAACUGGAUCUGCGACGAGCUGAUGGGCGGCGGGGGGCUGCACACCAUGGGCACCUACAUCGUGGACCUGCUGAGCCACCUGACGGGCCGGCGGGCCGAGAGGGUGCACGGGCUGCUCAAGACCUUCGUCAAGCAGAGCGGCGCCAUCCGGGGCAUCCGGCACGUCACCAGCGACGACUUCUGCUUCUUCCAGAUGCUGAUGACGGGGGGCGUCUGCAGCACCGUCACCCUCAACUUCAACAUGCCGGGGGCCUUCGUGCACGAGGUGAUGGUGGUGGGCUCCGCGGGGAGGCUGGUGGCCCGGGGCACUGACCUCUACGGGCAGAGGAACACCGCCUAUCAGGAGGAGCUGCUCCUGGCCGACCCCCCGGGGCCGCUGGACAAGGGGCUGCUGGACAUCCCCUUGCCCUACCUCAGGGGCAUGGUGUGCAUGGUGCAGGCCCUGCGCCAGUCCUUCCAGGGCCAGGAGGACCGCCGGACCUGGGAACUGCAGCCCCUGGCCGCGGCCGCUUCCUUUGAGGACGGGCUGUACAUGCAGUGCGUGGUGGACGCCAUCAAGACGUCCAGCCGCACCGGGGAGUGGGAGACGGUGGAAGUCAUGACCGAGAUGCCCGACGCCAACCAGAACUUGUGCGACGCGCUGCAGAGGAUCAACCCCUGAGGAUCCCUGCAGCCCAGCCGGGCUCCGGGGGCAGUGACCUCCCGCCUUCAGGGAGCUGGUGAAAUUCCUCCAUCCCCUCUUCUGGAGGUUGUGCUCGGCCAGUGAUUAGACUUCCCCCCCUCUUGUAGAGCAAAUAGGAGCUACAGCACACGGAGCCCCUCUGCGACCAGACCGAGCGUUUGCAGGCCUUCACUCGUGCUGUCUUGCCGACUCCUCUCGUUCUGUCCUCGGUGCUUUCGUUUCAUUCCCUUUGUCUGCACAUUGUGCAUCUCUGGUUUUCAAAGCAAAGGCCUUUAUUUUUUUUUUUAAUUCAGAGCCGGCAGCUGGUAGGGGUUUGAAACUAGUUCUAACAAAUGUGAUGAAUCUUUCCAGAGCUUUGACUUUCAUCAGGAAGUAAUUACUCCUAAAAUAUAUAUAUAUAUAUUUUUAAGUUUUGACAACUUAAAAAGCUCGUUUUUUUCUCACGGAACCUCUUCGAUGCUUCUUUUCUGAUAUCUUUUUCUUGCAUGAAAGGUGUUCUCAGGUCUGAUCAGCAUGAUUAAGAACCUUUAAAAGGUUACUGGCUCGUUUGGUCAGGAUUGCUGGUUAACUUGACAAUACAAGGGGAUCUUUUGCCCUCUAUCCAUAUCAGAAUGCCCUUUGACCUCUGGGGUGGAGGGCUGGUCAGUGCCUUAUUGCUGGGGUUUCCAAUCCUAGUUGUAUUUUGUGCCAACCAAGCUUCGUUUCCUACUUUAAUCCUUCGUUCAUCUUUAUUCUUAAGCAUGUGGUAAGUUGCUUUUAACUAUUGCAUAGCCUAAGAAACUUAAAACUCUUCAAGUUUCAAAUGCACCCCCCUCCCCCAACUGCUCUCAGUUAAGUAGAGCGCUCAUCUUAAAACAUGAAACAGGUGUGUCUGGGCCAGGACUAGGACUGGGAGCCCCUUACUUUAGGGCACUGAGUUAUCAAAACCUUCUUCUCAUAAAUGAACAUCUCUACUCCUCCAGAAUCCAUCAGACCUUAUUUAAUCAGUAGCUGAAGACCUAUUUUGAAAGCUCAGAGAAGCUAAUGCUGAGCUCACAUAGGUCAUGAGGAACAGGGAUGUGAAAACCUGCAGACACCACUCUCCAAGACAGGAUUUGUGCAUUACAGCCUGAGUGUGCAGUGCAGUCGGGCACAGAAGCCAAGCCUGACUGACUGCAGCCUGAUCAGUGAAGCACAGAUGUGUGGUCAUGCAGGGAAUCCCCAUCGUGGGCCUGGAGGCCCACACCCCUGCUGGAUUUUAAUCAAGCCAAGCUCUUUUACACAAUUGAACUACUUGACUUAAUAAUAGGAUUAACUUUCAGCUCUUCAACACUUUGGGUCGCCUUUUAACUGUUGUGUUUCAUAUGUAACGUACGAUUCCCAACUUUUGAUUAGAAGAAGAAAACUUGCAGGUAUUCAAGCAACCUGUUAGUCCAGUUAAGGCUUCAAUUAAGUAAUUGAGUGGGGCUGGAAUGAAAACCAGCAGUUCUGUGGGCCUCCAGGCCGGGAUUGAAAACCCCUAUUCUGGGGCACUGAGUUCCCCAGCCUCGUGUCACUGUUCUGUAAUGUGUGGCACUGUCGUUGGCAAGAUGACCCCUGAAGAGUGCGUAUCAGAGGGGUACAAUCACACAUGACUGACACAGAACGGAAAGUAAAACAAAAUGGGUGUGUUCUGUUAGUGAGGCGCUACAUCUCUUCCUUCGCGCGUCCCCUUUGCUUUAGUCAUCCCAGUGGGUCGGACUGUCUGCCACUGGGAAUCUUCCACUUAGCGCUCGGCUCGGCUCAGCAGGUGGAAGACUGAACCUGCAGCAGUCCUGAAUGCCCUGCGGAUGUUUUCUUGAUCCUACCCGAAACGUGUCUGCUGCUUAGGUGUAGGGGGGUCUGGGAGUUGCAGUUGGCGUAACUGGGCAGCCCGUUCUGUCUCUGCCAGAUGUUCUCCAUUUGCGAUACCCUCUCUGUUUCGUCUAAGAUGAUGUUAGACUGAACCUGUCCUUUUGAGAUUUUCAACCUGCAAAUGACACUGGACAUAUCUGUAGAUGUGUGUGUGUAUAUAUAUAUGUUUGGGGACAUAAUUAGCAGUUUAUGUUUCCAGACUACAUAUACAAUGUACUGCCUUCACUCUGUGAGAAGAAUGAGAAAUCCCAUGUGCUUCAGAAAUGAGCUUUUGUAACUGAAAGAUACAAAGA